GUUGGGAGCGUAGGGAGCCCAGCCAGAGCCAGGGCGAAAGAAAAGGCGUAGAAAAGAAGAAUAAAAAGCUUUCUGGUUUCUGCUUCUUCUCUCUCUCUCUCUCUGUCUGCUGUUCCUCUUCUCUUUCCUCACCCUUCUCUCUCUCUCUCUACACUCCCUUCACCUACAAUUUCUUCCCCUAACCAGUCCUUGAUUGCUUAAUUCAGUAAAAGUCUCUUUUUUCAUCCUCUUUGUCUUGCACUUCUCCCAUGGAUCUACCUCGUUUCUUUCUCCCCCCUCUGAACCCAAUUUGUUUGAUUUCCAUUUAUUGAUUGAUUGGUUCGAUUUCGAUUUGAUCUGAUAGAGACCCACAUACCCAGAAACUCAGAUGAAGGUCCCCUGUUGCUCAGUCUGCCAUAACAAAUACAACGAGGAAGACAGGGUUCCUCUCCUGCUCCAAUGCGGCCAUGGCUUCUGCAAGGACUGUCUCUCCCGGAUGUUCUCCGCAUCGCCCGACACUACUCUCCCGUGCCCUCGUUGCCGCCACCUCUCCGUCGUCGGUAACUCUGUUCACGCCCUCCGGAAGAACUUCGCUGUCCUUGCCCUCAUCCAUUCUUCGGCGGACUUCGAUUGCGACUUCACUGAUGACGAGGAGGAUGAUGACGGCGGAAACGACGAUGCUGCCGACCCUGAUGACGAUGAUGGGUUUGGCCGUCGGAGGCGUAGCCGCCAUACUUCGAGCUCUGGUUGUAGUGCAGCCGGCGGCUCGGGAAUUGACCUCAGUUCACAUCAUGACUUGAAGCUUGUUCGGCGGCUUGGCGAGGGGCGGCGUGCUGCGAUUGAGAUGUGGUCGGGUUUGCUUUCCACCGGGUCGCCUUCGGCUUCUUCGUCGGGCAGGUGUCGUCACCGGGUUGCUGUGAAGAGAGUCACGAUUGGGGAUGAGACGGAUUUGGUCUGGGUUCAGAGUCAGCUCGAGAAUUUACGGCGGGCGUCGAUGUGGUGUAGGAACGUCUGUACAUUCCAUGGAGCUACGAGGAUGGAUGGCCAUCUCUAUCUUAUUAUGGAUAGGUAUAGUGGCUCUGUCCAGUCAGAGAUGCAGCAAAAUGAAGGGCGGCUAACUCUUGAGCAAAUUCUCAGAUAUGGGGCAGAUAUUGCACGAGGGGUGGCUGAACUACAUGCGGCAGGUAUUGUCUGCAUGAAUAUAAAGCCAUCUAAUCUUCUUUUGGAUGCAAGUGGUCGUGCUGUGGUUUCUGAUUAUGGGCUUCCGGCGAUACUGAAGAAGCCUUCUUGUCGAAAAGCUCGGUCAGCUCCUGAGGAUGACCCUUCAAGAGUGCACUCAUGCAUGGACUGUACAAUGUUGAGUCCACACUAUACAGCUCCUGAAGCAUGGGAGCCAUUAAAAAAAUCAUUAAACUUAUUCUGGGAUGAUGCAAUUGGUAUUUCUGCAGAAUCAGAUGCCUGGAGUUUUGGCUGUACCCUGGUUGAAAUGUGCACUGGUUCUACCCCGUGGUCUGGUUUAAGUUCAGAGGAAAUAUAUCGUGCAGUAGUUAAGGCACGGCGGCAACCUCCGCAAUAUGCAAGUGUUGUAGGUGUUGGGAUACCUAGGGAACUCUGGAAGAUGAUUGGUGAGUGCUUACAAUUUAAGGCAUCCAGAAGGCCAACGUUUCAUGGAAUGCUUGAAAUAUUCCUUCGCCAUUUGCAAGAGAUACCUCGUAGCCCUCCUGCAAGCCCUGAUAAUGAAUUUGCCAAAUGUCCUGGAGCAUUGGAACCGUCGCCUAGAUCUGUUUUGGACAAUUUCCUGGAUAACCGCAAUCAUUUACAUCGACUUGUUUCAGAGGGGGAUUUGGAUGGUGUUAGAAAUCUGCUUGCAAAGGCUGCAUCUGGAAGCAUUAGCAGCUCUAUUGAAUCUUUAUUAGAAGCACAGAAUGCUGAUGGCCAAACUGCCCUGCAUUUAGCUUGUAGACGGGGUUGUGUAGAACUUGUUGAAGCUAUUUUGGAGUACAAAGAGGCAGAUGUGGACAUCCUUGACAAAGACGGGGAUCCUCCAAUAAUGUUUGCUUUAGCAGCUGGUUCCCCAGAAUGUGUUCGUACUCUCAUUAGAAGAUCAGCUAAUGUCGGAUCUGGUAUGAGGGAGGGUCUUGGUCCAUCUGUUGCUCAUGUUUGUGCUUACCAUGGCCAACCAGAUUGCAUGCGUGAGUUACUAUUGGCAGGAGCGGAUCCCAAUGCAGUAGAUGAUGAAGGUGAAUCCGUGCUGCAUAGAGCCAUUUCCAAGAAAUAUACAGAGUGUGCUAUUGUCAUAUUGGAGAAUGGUGGUUGCAGAUCAAUGGGGCUUCUGAAUUCAAAAAAUAUGACACCUUUGCAUGCAUGCGUGGCCACUUGGAAUGCGGAUGUUGUGAAAAGAUGGGUAGAAGUUGCAUCUCAAGAAGAGAUUGCUGAAGCAAUUGAUAUACCAGGUCCAUAUGGAACUGCAUUGUGUAUGGCAGCCGCUUUGAAGAAAGACCAUGAAACUGAGGGUCGAGAAUUGGUGAGAAUAUUGCUAGCUGCUGGAGCAGACCCAACUGCCCAGGACUCACAACACGGGCGGACAGCUUUGCAUUCAGCAGCUAUGGCUAAUGAUGUUGAGUUGGUCAAGAUUAUUCUUGAUGCUGGAGUUGACGUAAACAUCAGGAAUGUCCAUAAUACGGUACCUCUUCAUGUUGCACUAGCCAGAGGUGCAAAAUCAUGUGUUGGCUUGCUCUUAUCUUCUGGAGCAAAUUGUAAUUUGCAGGAUGACGAAGGUGACAAUGCAUUUCAUAUAGCAGCUGAUGCAGCAAAAAUGAUACGUGAAAAUCUUGAAUGGAUUGUUGUUAUGCUUCAGUAUCCAGAUGCUGCUUUAGAAGUCAGAAACCACAGUGGUAAGACAUUACGAGACUUUUUGGAAGCCUUGCCACGUGAAUGGAUUUCAGAAGAUCUGAUGGAGGCGCUCACAAAUAAGGGGAUACAUCUGUCACCUACAAUAUAUGAGAUAGGUGAUUGGGUGAAGUUCAAGAGAAUCAUCAAGACACCUACAUAUGGAUGGCAAGGUGCUAGACAUAAGAGUGUUGGUUUUGUUCAGAGUGUCCAAGACAGGGACAAUCUAAUUGUCUCAUUUUGCUCUGGAGAGGCUCGUGUUUUGGCAAGUGAGGUUACAAAAGUAAUUCCAUUAGACAGGGGACAGCACGUACAACUUAAGGCCGAUGUUAAAGAACCAAGGUAUGGUUGGCGUGGUCAAUCACGUGACAGCAUAGGAACUGUUCUUUGUGUUGAUGAUGAUGGGAUUCUACGUGUUGGGUUUCCUGGAGCAUCCAGGGGAUGGAAAGCUGAUCCUGCAGAAAUGGAAAGAGUUGAGGAGUUCAAGGUUGGUGACUGGGUUCGUAUUCGUCCCUCUCUGACUACUGCAAAGCAUGGAUUGGGACCAGUAACACCAGGAAGCAUCGGAAUAGUUUACUGUAUCAGACCAGACAAUAGUCUCUUGUUGGAACUGAGUUAUUUACCUAGUCCAUGGCAUUGUGAACCAGAGGAGGUUGAACCAGUGACACCGUUCAGGAUUGGUGACAAAGUAUGUGUGAAGCGAUCUGUUGCAGAACCAAGGUAUGCUUGGGGUGGUGAGACACAUCAUAGUGUAGGAAGAAUAAGUGAAGUUGAGAGUGAUGGUCUACUGAUAAUUGAAAUACCAAAUCGGCCCAUACCAUGGCAAGCAGACCCUUCUGACAUGGAAAAGGUGGAGGACUUCAAGCAGGUUGGGGAUUGGGUGAGGGUGAAAGCUUCAGUACCUUCCCCAAAAUAUGGAUGGGAAGAUGUGACAAAGAACAGUAUUGGAAUCAUUCAUAGCUUGGAAGAAGAUGGUGAUAUGGGGAUUGCCUUCUGCUUCAGGAGCAAGCCUUUCUGCUGCUCAGUGACAGACAUGGAGAAGGUGCCACCUUUUGAAGUGGGACAGGAGAUUCAUAUGAUGCCAUCAGUUUCCCAGCCAAGACUUGGGUGGUCAGGUGAAACUCCGGCUUCCACUGGAAAGAUUGCAAGGAUUGACAUGGAUGGUACUCUGAAUGUAAAAGUAGCUGGGAGAGCUAGCUUGUGGAAGGUUGCUCCUGGAGAUGCAGAAAGGCUUUCGGGUUUUGAAGUUGGGGACUGGGUUCGUCUGAAGCCAAAUAUGGGAAAUAGGCCAACUUAUGACUGGAAUGGUAUUGGAAAAGAAAGUUUAGCAGUGGUGCACAGUGUACCGGAUACUGGUUAUUUAGAACUGGCAUGUUGCUUCCGGAAAGGACGGUGGAUGACUCACUAUCAAGAUGUUGAAAAGAUUCCAUGCUUUAGAGUUGGGCAGCAUGUACGUUUCCGUCAUGGACUGGUUGAGCCCAGGUGGGGGUGGAGAGGCGCUUAUCCUGAUUCAAGAGGGGUUAUAACUGGUGCGCAUGCUGAUGGAGAAGUCCGAGUGGCAUUCUUUGGUUUGUUGGGGUUGUGGAAAGGAGAUCCUGCAGAUCUUGAGGUAGAGGAGAUGUUUGAUGUGGGAGAAUGGGUGAAAAUAAAAGAUGAUGCGAGUGGGUGGAAAUCCCUGGGACCUGGGAGCAUUGGCAUUGUACAAGGAAUAGGGUAUGAAGGGGAUAAAUGGGAUGGAAACAUCCUUGUCGGAUUUUGUGGGGAGCAGGAUAGGUGGGUGGGGCCAGCUUCCCAGCUAGAAAGGAUUGAUGCACUUGUAGUUGGACAACGGGUUGGGGUGAAAAAAUGCGUGAAACAGCCAAGAUUUGGGUGGUCAGGCCAUAGCCAUGCCAGUGUGGGGACCAUAUCAGCAAUAGAUGCAGAUGGAAAACUGAGAAUAUAUACACCUGCUGGCUCAAAAGCAUGGAUGUUGGACCCAUCAGAGGUUGAGAUGGUGGAGGAAGAAGAAUUGCAUAUAGGAGACUGGGUAAGGGUCAAAGCAUCUGUGGCAACACCAACAUACCAGUGGGGAGAGGUUAACCACUCAAGUAUUGGGGUUGUGCACAGGAUGGAGGAUGGGGAGCUUUGGGUGGCAUUCUGUUUCAUGGAGAGGCUAUGGAUAUGUAAGGCCUGGGAAAUGGAGAGGGUGAGACCAUUCAAGGUGGGUGAUAAAGUGAAAAUUAGAGGUGGGCUGGUGACUCCCAGGUGGGGUUGGGGUAUGGAGACACAUGCAAGCAAGGGCGAGGUAGUUGGGGUGGAUGCAAAUGGUAAGUUAAGGAUCAAGUUUCAGUGGAGAGAAGGAAGGCUGUGGUUUGGGGACCCUGCUGACAUUAUUCUUGAUGAAUGUUCCACUGGUAUGUCGGGCAAUUCAUAGUAAUGGCAUUCAGAUAUUCAUUGUUAUUUGCAAUGUGCCUCUGUCACAGCUGCCAAUUUUGGCCCUUCAGUUAGUUGGGUUUGGAAGGGGAGGGGGUUAAGGACUACCUGAUGGCUGGAGGCUUUGCUCUGGUGGUGGUUAGGAAGCCUCAAGGAUGAGAUUCGUUUAUAUAGCCAGCUGGUAUAGGUGCAAUUGAAGAGAAAGGUUGGUUGGCCUGGUUUUCAAUCCGUGGAUAGGACAUAGGAGCAGAUAAGAGGAAGCAGCAGUUCAUUUGUAUUUAUGUCACUAGUAGCUCUUAAUUUUCUGUGGUUAUGUAAUAUUCUUAUUCUGUACAAAUUAAACCCAUAAUCUUGUGAGUUAUGCCAACUUUUUGAUCUUAACCUCUUGGAUCUCUUUUGUACUAUAAAUAGAAAUAGCUAACAAGGC